GCCAAAGGGGAAAUUAAAUGAAAAUAGAAACAGCACAACAGUAAUGCCAACAUUGUUUUAGUGGAAAAUUCCUUAAAUUCACAUUGUAUUAAUGUAAUCACUAAUUAAGUAUACAAAAUAAACAAUGGGUCAGACUUUGUCUGAACCUGUAACGACAAAGUUAACAGCAUCAUGUCAGAAUUCAUUUGCUAAAGUUGGCUCUUCUUGUAUGCAGGGAUGGAGAAUAAAUAUGGAAGAUGCUCACACAGAAUUACUGUCAAUGCCAGGAGAUAAAGAUACACAUUUCUUUGGUGUCUAUGAUGGCCAUGGAGGUGCCAAAGUUGCUCAGUACGCAAGUCAACACUUACAUAAGAAAAUAUUAGCACAACCUUAUUAUUCUCAGGGAAACAUUAGUGAUUCAAUACGAAGGGGCUUUUUAGCUCUGGACGAGGAAAUGAUGAAAGAUGAUUUAAUGAAAGAUGAGUUGGCAGGUACAACAGCUGUGAUAGCUAUCCUUAAAGGCAGUGAUAUUUAUUGUGGAAACGUUGGUGAUUCUCGUGCUGUAGCCAGUGUACGAGGUGUAGUGGAACAAUUAUCAUACGAUCAUAAACCAAGCAAUGAGUUAGAAGCUCGACGUAUAACAGCAGCUGGAGGCUUUGUGGAAUUCAACAGAGUCAAUGGUAAUUUAGCUUUAUCAAGAGCAUUAGGAGAUUUUGUCUUCAAGAAAAAUGAAACCAAAAGACCAGAGGAACAAAUAGUAACCGCUUAUCCUGAUGUUGUACAGAAACGUAUAACCUCUGACCAUGAGUUUAUUGUUCUUGCCUGUGAUGGUAUCUGGGAUGUUUUAACUAACCAGGAAGUUGUCACAUUUGUCAGGAGCAGGAUUGCUCAGGGAAUGCAACCAGAUAUUAUUUGUGAAGAAUUAAUGACUCGAUGUUUAGCACCUGAUUGUGAGAUGGGAGGUUUAGGCUGUGAUAAUAUGACUGUCAUUAUCGUGUGUUUUCUCAGUGGAGGAACAUACGACGACCUCGUCAGACGUUGUCAACGACCUAGUCCUGCUGGUCCUGUAACAAAUAUGACAAAUGUACGUCGGGGUAGAGACCAACUAUGAUAAGUGUGUAUGUUAGUUAAUCACUUUAAAAAAAAAAGUGGGUAAAAUUGUUCACCUGUAUAUCUAUUUUGCUGUGUGCACUUGAUGUUAAUCUCUUUUUUGAUACUUUAGUACACAACUUUAGUAUAAUUUCAAAUCAUGUUGUACCUUUUGUUUCAUUUUUAACUUUUAUUUAUGGAUCGAAGAAAGGCCAAAGAAUGCUCUUUUAUAUGAUAAUGACUUAUGAACUUAUAUACAUUAUUUUGUAAGAAAAUACAUGAAAAUAUCACUGUAAAAUAUUGUUAUAUAUUUCCUGUAAUGAAUUAGUAUUUGUGAAAAUGUCAGAUGGGCAAUGCAGUCUGUAAAAUAAGGCAUAUUUUUGUACUGAAUAAUUUAAUAUUUAAGAUACACCUUCCUUGUUGGAUUAAUGCACAGCAAUUUAAACACCUCAUUUAAUUCUUUUUUAUAUUCUUCAUCUUCACAUAAAAUAGAGUUAAAGUUAUAUGUCAAUAUGACAUGAAUGACAGCUAUUCCAAUUUAAUAGGUUCAUCAUGUCAGAACAUGUUUAUGUUGGAUCAGAUUGUUUUUCCAUUCAUCAACGUUUUAUCAAAUGAUCAUGAAAAAAUUAAAAAUGUUUUCAUUGUGGCAGUCAUCUAACUUUCAGAAAAUAAUAACUGAGUCAACGUUGAGUGGGGCUGCAUUGAUCUUUCAGUAGGGAGUAAUCUAAUAAGUUCUUUGCAAGAACUCAAACUACAAAUACGAAAAACAGCAAUAGAUUUGCUUAACCUGUGCUAUUAUGGUUCUUUUCUAAUAUUUCAUUUUAUUAGACACCCAGUCUUUUCCAACAUUUGCUGCUGAACAUAUUUUUAAAUGGCACAGCAUGUAAUACAUAAAAUGAUGCAUUUAAGUGACCACAGAAUAUAUUUCUUCAUGGUGAAAUUUUGUGCACCUGUUGUGUUCAUUUAGUGAUUAUUGGAACAUUAACAUUUGAGUAACUAUAUAUACUAAUGUAUGAGUUAUUAAAAAGCACUGUGUCAUCAUAAUUAUAUUCUAUAAAUAUGUUUUACACCUAAACAGAUGUUAAUUCCUUGAUAGGUAGUAUGACAACUUCUUGUUUCGCACCAUGUUUUAAGUUUGAUUCAAUUUUUAUUAUACACAUUCUGAUGAAAUAAGGCAUAUUUUAAUUUCUGAAUAUGAUCAUGUAAAAUUAAUUCUUCUGCAGUUUAAAUGCUACAAUGACUGUAUUUGUAAUGUAAUUGUGUUGAUAGAGAAAUAGACUAGAUAAAAGUUGAUUGAUGUUCUUUAAGAUCAGUUUGCAAAAUUUCUAGAAAUAUAUGUCCAAUUCAAAAUCUUAUUUAUGAAAUAACAGUUAUUCAAUUUAUGCAAAAUCAUAUAAGUUAUAACUGAUAAAAUUUAAGGAAUAAUUUUCUAGUUCUUGUUUGCUGAAUAUUUCAUGUAUAUUUAGGAUGAAUAAAAUCACCCAAUGUUACAUUAAACAUGUUAAAUUUGGUUAUUUUAUUUUAUUGCAGGGGUUUUGUUGUUAAAUCAAGUCCAAAGAACAAAGUAUUCUACAGAACCUUUUAUAACAGACAAUUACAUUAAUAUAUGACAAAGCUGAUAUAUGCAAUGAAAUCCUCUUCUUUAAGUCUAGAUAAUACCCUUUUCAUUUUGAUUACAUGUUACAGGUAGUUUUUCAAGGCUUUGCUGAAAAUUCUCAAUGCAAUCUAUUUGUGUACAUUAUAUCCAAAAUUAGUUUUAUUCACCCCUUUUUGAAAACCAUCGGGUCAGUUCAUACUUAGGGCAUUUAGAUUUAUGUCCAACAUGGACAUAAUGGACAAUAUAACUAUAAAAACACUUAUGUCAUGAAAAUAUCAGUAAAUGGACGAUUUAUUUUAAUUGUAAGAUUUUGCAUCCACCCACAUGAUUAACCGAGGCAACAUUUCUUCCUUUCCUCAAACAUUUGUUCUGUAUAAAGCCUUACAGUAAAGUUGUAAAUAGACAAUAUUCUUUGAAUCUAUUUGUUGAGAUGAAUAAAGAGGACGUGGGGUAUACAUCAACCAGACAGCAUCCUAACAAUGCAAAAUAAAAACAAACCAAAAACACAUCUUAAGUUGGUGACAACCUUAAUGAUCCUGAAGUGCUUUUUAAAACUCUGUAUUAAGUGUUUUUUUUUCUAAUGUAGAUUGAAUUUACAAUGUUGAAGGCUGUUCUAUUAUUUUAUAUUGCUCAGAUCUCCUCAUGUUGUUUCUGGUUGAAAAAAAAAUAUAGAAAACAUAUUGCAUAAUUGAAUUUAUAUUUGCACAUUUCAUCUCUUUUAAAGUUUAUGCAUAUUUCAUAUUUGAGUAGCAUAUAUGAGAGAAAAAUACCAGUACUAUAGAUACAGUAACCAAUUUCGUGCUGAACGAGAUAAGCAUUUGCUAUCGUGGAAAAAAAACUCUUUAUUAAUUUUUCAGAAAUUGAAUAUAAUUAGCUUUAAGUGUUGCUUUUAUCCAAUCUUCAUUAAACUGGCAUAGCACUUGGUCAUGAAUUAACAUAAAAGAAUUUGAAAUCAAACAUAAAAUUCGUGUUUUUUGUGUACACAAAUUUUCAGAACAAGAUGACUUGAGUCGAAAUGUCUAAAAUAUUGGAUUUACCAUGAACAGCUAGUAUGCUCCUGUUUUAUAUUGGCAAAAUGUAUUUAAGUAUUUGUUUGAAUAUCAGAAGGAGGCAAAUGUUCCAUAUCUAAGUAAGACAAACUGAACGUUUCAACUUCUUUAUGUAUAUCAUGUGUCAUUGUGCAAAUUUGGAAUAACAUUUCCGAUUUGUUAUUUUUAAGAGGUCCCAAUAAAAUGUAAUAUUUCUAUGAGUUGUAUAUAUAUUACGUAUCAUCUUACAGCACCAAAGAACUGUCCCAUUUCUAAGAUAAUGUAAAUAAGAAUUUUAUGAUAUAUAUAUUUAUUUAUUAAACCUGUUAUGGCAUGGAUAUAGUAUACUAAAUUAUUAGUUUUUAUUUUCUUGCAUUUUCACAAAGGCUUUUGAACAGUACCUCAGAACUGAUGAUUUGUCUUUCAAGCCAUGAUCUCUGUUACACAUAGUUCUUCUUUUUGUACACAUUGUAAAUAUCAACUGCCAAACAUAACUCUUGUAAUCUAAACUAAAUAGGAUUUAUGCAAAAUAUCCGCAUAUCAUCAUGCUUGUUACUUUACAUAUAUUUAAAUGUUUACUUCUGUUACAAAAUAUUUUCCAAAAUCCCUAAAGGUAGAUAGAUCGGCAACACAAAUUUUAGGCUUAAAGGGAUAAAAAAAAAAAAGUGGUUCUGAAUAUUUUAACCUUUGAAAUUUUCAAAAAUAAGAGCAGUUCGUUUAUUGUCAGAUAUAUUCUAGAAGUGCUUAGACUUUAUAAGGACAGAUUUAUGUCCCGUCAUCCUUUGUAAAUUAUUUCAUUGUUUUAUUUUUACUUUUCAUAUAUCCAUGUAAUGGCUCUAUGUUUAAAUACACUAUUAAUUUUGAAUUAAUUUAAUGUAGAAACACUUGCACAUACUAGAUAACUCGUUAACAGAUUUUCCACACUGAUACAGGAAAACAAUAGUUUUUCUGGAAUAAAUUAUUAUGUAUUUUAAAAUAUCCAGUUUUUUAUUGUGAAAAGUACAUGUAAUAAGAAUCUUAGAUGUUAUAGAAAUUAUCGUGAACAAUAAUGAUGAUAAAAAUAUAGAAAACAGGCUAUAUGCCAGGAUUGGAGGUUUUCCUCAAUUUCAGUAGAUUUUUAUUAAUAAAGUGAAUGAUCUUGCUGUGACCUUAUGAGAGUUAACAUUUUUCCUAUUAUUUCUUGCUAACUAAUAUCAAAUUCACUUGAUAAGUCUAAAGGGAAAUACAGACUUUAUAUCAUAGGAAAUGUAUUGCUUUGCUAAUUCUUGUUAACCUAAAAUCAAGAUUAAAAUCAGUAAAUUAUCUCGGCUGUCUUUACUGCAAUUAUAUUUUGUUCCUAUUUUUGUGAUCCUGUGAUCCUGUCCUUACACAAGCUUAACCUAACGCAUUUUGUCUAGAAUUAUAUUUAGAUUUUUUUUUUUAUGUUUAGUUAAUGUUCAUUUAAGCAUGAAAAUGAAAAUUUUGAUAAGUAAGUAGCUAUACUAUGAUGUAAACAGUCAGUAAAUCCAGCUCCAAUGUGUCAUUAGGUGAAACUUAUUUAUAGCUUUUGACAUUUCAUUGUAAAUCUAAGUUGUAUGAAGUAUGUUUUACAAUUACAGGUGUGAUAGUUAAUGUUUUAUGGAAUGAUAUUUCUAGGGAUUUAUUUUUCAACUUACAAUAUAAAUUGUGUUUUAAUGGUUAAAACUACGAACAAAAUCACAAUAAAGGGGCCAUUUUAGAAAUAAAGUGUCAAUACAGUUCUCAUUUCCUGCCCUUCAUCCUUGUCCGACUUAUUUGCAAAACAUAUCUAUUGUAUUAACUAAUUUUUUCAGGCACUGAAUAUUCAUGAGAUAUUUGCCACUGGAUGUGAAUGCUAGCAAUUAUAAAUCAAUGAAUCCUUGAAAUUGUACCUGUUAAGUAUAUUUCUUCCAUUACUGCAAAACCAGAAAAUGUUAUUUAUGGCUGUGAAAAAUCGUGUGGAAAAGUUGACAUAUGUGGAAAAUAAACAUGACAUUUAUUACAACAAAUAUGAAAAUGGCAAGGUAGAAAAAUUGAAAAUAAAAUUUUAGCAGCACAUUAUGAAAUAUCGGGAGACAAAAAUUAACUGCUUUACUCUUGAUUUUUUUUACGGGUUUAUUAAAAAGAAAAGUCCUUUUUAUAUCUUAAAUGGUCCCUUGUAAGGCUGUUAUCUUCAUCUUUGUCUUGAAGUGAUUCACAAAUUAGUUAUAUAACAAUGACCGCCAAACAUACAGAAUUUGUUAGAUAGUUUUUGUUAAAAAUUCUGUAUUUGUACGUAGUGCUCAUAAGGUGAAAAAUACACCUAGUUUUGUUGUGAAAUAAAAACAAAAUGUUUGAUA